GAAGAGGGUAGAUAAACUAGAGGGACAACUCUCAAGUGAACAAUCACGUACGGAGUUUGUAUUCUCUUUGACGAUAUUUUUGCCUAUAUGAUGCACGAACUAUAACAAGCACUAGUUGCUUUUUUGUUCUGAAACAUAUUUAAAGAAAAUGUGAGAGUGUGAAGACUAGUAAUUGUUAAAUAUCAGUGCUGCUGCAGCUGUGCCUGCCGUUGUCUCUGUGAUAAGCAUGAAGGCAUUGAGUGAGGGGGCAGCUGCUCUGUCCCGAUAUCACACAUUCAUCGACUGUUUUUGAAUCUUAUAUAAUAUCCCAAUCUUAUUAGGGAUUCUUUUUUUACCUGGUAUUGUCCCUGAUUUGAACAUAUGCGCGUUUCAGCACGAAACAUUUGAUGAACGUUGACAGCAAGCUCACCCACGAACGCGGUGCCUAUCACUUCCGGUUUGUUGCCAAGACAACGGUCGCACGCCUUCUCUAAACUCACAACAAACGCUCAUUCCUAAUGGAAGCUUAAACCUACUUUUUAUUUAUUUUUUGUCGCGUUCACUCAGCUUUUUGUCGCAUUGCUCCGAUUUGGGAUACUCAUAACUAUGAGUCAACGACAGAUUCUGCAAGUGUUUGAGCAGUACCAGAAGGCAAGAACACAAUUUGUGCAAACUGUAGCAGAUCUUGCAGCAAGACAACAAAAUACUGAAACACUUCAAAAUGCUGGUGUAAUGUCCCUUUUGAGGCCUCUCCUCUUGGAUGCAGUCCCAACUAUUCAGCAGACAGCAGCUCUGGCUCUCGGAAGGCUUGCCAACUAUAACGAUGACCUGGCUGAGGCUGUAGUAAAGGGAGACAUUCUUCCUCAGCUUGUGUACUCCCUGGCUGAGCAAAACUGUUUCUAUAAGAAAGCUGCAGCAUUCGUGCUUCGGGCUGUUGCUAAGCACUCUCCUGAACUGGCCCAGGCCGUGGUGGACUGUGGAGCACUGGACGCUCUUGUCAUCUCCCUGGAGGAGUUUGACCCUGGGGUCAAAGAGGCUGCUGGAUGGGCAAUAAGCUACAUUGCCAGACAUAAUGCACAGCUGUCUCAGGCAGUGGUUGAUGCUGGAGUUGUGCCUCUGCUCGUGCUAUGCAUCCAGGAACCUGAAAUCGCCCUGAAGAGGGUUGCAGCUUCAGCUCUGAGUGACAUAGCCAAACACUCCCCAGAACUGGCUCAAACCGUGGUGGACACAGGGGCGAUCGCCCACCUAGCACAGAUGAUCCUAAACCCAGAUGCCAAAUUGAAGAGGCAGGUUUUUUCAGCUCUCAGCCAAAUCGCCAAGCACUCCGUAGACGUAGCCGAGAUGGUGGUGGAAGCCGAGAUAUUUCCCGCUGCACUGGUUUGCCUAAAGGACCCGGAUGAAUAUGUUCGGAAGAAUGUCGCCACUCUUAUUCGGGAAAUCACAAAACACACCCCCGAGCUGUCCCAGAUAAUAGUGAAUGUGGGGGGUGUAGCAGCUGUGAUUGACUACCUCGGGGACUCCAAAGGGAAUGUACGCCUGCCGGGGAUCAUGAUGCUGGGCUAUGUGGCUACACACUCUGAGAACUUAGCCAUGGCUGUGAUUGUCUCUAAAGGAGUGUCACAGUUGGCUAUCUGUCUGGAGGAAGAGCAAGAGGAUCACAUCAAAGCAGCAACAGCUUGGGCAUUUGGCCAGAUCGGCCGACACACACCCGAGCAUGCAAAAGCUGUUGCUGUGGCCAAUGUGUUCCCUAAACUCUUAAAUCUCUAUUUGGACACGAAAAGUUCUGAAGACCUGCAGAUCAAGGCCAAGAAGGCACUGAAGAGCAUCCUUCAAAAGUGUACUUAUCUACCAGCACUGGAGCCUCUUCUCUAUGAAGCUCCCAGCAACAUUCUUAAGCAUGUCAUCUGCCAGUUCAGUAAGGUUCUUCCUCAUGACAGUAAAGCACGCCGCUUGUUUGUUACCAGUGGCGGUCUGAAGAAAGUCCAGGAGAUCAAAGCAGAUCCUGGUUCUGCAAUUCAGGAAUAUAUCAAUGCAAUCAACAACUGCUACCCUGAAGAGAUUGUCAGGUAUUAUUCUCCCGGUUACUCUGAGACCUUGCUGGAAAGGAUUGACAACUUUCAGCCAGUGUGAUUUUUGUUCACUGAAACACUUAUGGAUGCCUUUUAAAAAGCUGUGGAAAAUGAAAAUCACAUCAUCACAUCUGUGACAUAUAUAUAUAUAUAUAAACUAUAACAAUUUAUGUAUGCUAGAAUUUUGAAUUAGCUUUGAUUUCUUAUCUUGUUUCAUGUUAAGUCAAUAGGCUACUGUAAAAAACAACAUUUUAUUAUUUAGUGGUGGUGCAAGAUUAUUAAUUCCUCUAGACUAGAGCAUCCUCUGCAGUGCAUCCUUCAAUAACUCACCACAAGGUCGUGCAUCAUUGCUGUCCUCGUUAUCGCUUCACGGAGCAAAGAGCAGACCCCUCACUUUCAUACUGCAGUGGGCGACUGGCAACACGAACAACCUCGAACCGAAAGACUUAAUACCUUUGUCUUUGGCAGGAUCGUACACAUCACAGGGUUCACUACACGGGUGAACGCUGCCUCCAUGUCUCCACUGGCGCUGAAGCUUGUUUAGUAGAAUUUGAACCCAUGAAAAUCCGAAAAUAAAAGACUUCAAAUGGACAUCAGAUUACCGAAGCAGCGAAUAUGUCAAGGUUCUUAACAAAGGACUUGCACAAUUAUAAUUAUGCCUAUACAAUUUUAAAUAUUUAAGAAAAUAUAAAAGCCUAAAGGCCAUUGAUCUAUAUAAAUGACUAUAAAUAUUACAGAUCAGUGCUAAAGGUCCUAAUAGCGAUUGAUAUUUAACACGUCAUGAACAAACAGCAGUUCUUAAAAAUCGCGUAGCCAACUUCCGUGUUCGUGUUAAAAUAUUUAUAAUAAAUGCCCGCAGAAAAUGAACUAACGUUCGAAAGGGAUACAAAUAAGAUCGUGACCGAGAAACGAGCCCAGAACGUUUGAUAUUCACUGACAAUUAUGCAUUCAUGUAUUAUCGCCCCCUGCUGUCUUACUUGUGCAUAAAGUACACAUUAAAGAGCAGCUGUUAAACAUA